GUCGGGUUGCUGCUCCGCGCGCGUCCACCAGGGGCCGCUCGAGCUUCCUAAGCUCCGUGCGCCACCCGGCGGCGCACCCGCGCGUGCUCACUCGGAGCAGCGUGCGCCCGGCAAUCGCCGCAGCCGCCCCCGCCUUGGCCGCCGCUCCCCAAGCGACUGCCCAAACUAAGCCUCUGUGGCUGGGUACGGGAGCGCUUUGGGGACAAAGAUUCUCCCUCAACUGUGGUCUGCAUUCCUUUGGCCCGUGGGCUGAUCUGGGGCGGGAAGUAUUAGCGUCUGAGUUGCGCUGCAGCCGGGAACGAAGGAGGAGGCCGAGCCUGGGGCGGAGUUCGGGCUGACUGGGGCUGGACCGGGCGAGACGCCGCCGCUGCCGCCCGGAUGUUGCGAUGGCUGAUCGGGGGAGGCCGAGAACCGCAGGGACUGGCCGAGAAAUCUCCUUUACAGACAAUAGGUGAAGAACAAACCCAGAAUCCCUACACUGAACUGCUAGUACUGAAGGCUCAUCAUGAUAUUGUACGGUUUCUGGUACAGUUAGAUGACUACAGAUUUGCAUCUGCUGGUGAUGAUGGAAUUGUAGUUGUGUGGAAUGCCCAGACAGGGGAAAAACUUUUAGAACUGAAUGGACACACUCAAAAGAUAACAGCUAUUAUUACAUUUCCUUCCUUGGAAUCUUUUGAAGAAAAAAAUCAACUCAUCUUGACAGCCUCUGCUGAUAGAACAGUUAUUGUGUGGGAUGGUGAUACUGCCAGACAAGUUCAGAGAAUAUCAUGCUUCCAGUCUACUGUAAAGUGUUUAACUGUUCUUCAGAGACUAGAUGUUUGGCUUUCUGGUGGGAAUGACCUGUGUGUGUGGAACCGAAAAUUAGAUCUCCUGUGUAAGACUAGCCACCUUUCUGAUACAGGUAUUAGUGCUUUGGUUGAAAUACCUAAGAACUGUGUUGUGGCAGCAGUUGGCAAAGAACUGAUAAUUUUCAGGUUGGUAGCACCCACAGAAGGAUCACUAGAAUGGGAUAUUCUUGAAGUUAAGCACCUCCUUGAUCACCAGGAUAAUAUUCUCUCCUUGAUUAAUGUCAAUGAUUUGAGUUUUGUCACCGGCUCCCACAUCGGAGAGCUGAUCAUCUGGGAUGCCCUGGACUGGACCGUGCAGGCCUAUGAACGCAACUUCUGGGACCCAUCUCCACAACUGGACACCCAACAAGAAAUAAAACUCUGUCAAAAAUUAAAUGACAUUUCUAUUCAUCAUUUCACAUGUGAUGAAGAGAAUGUAUUUGCUGCAGUUGGAAGGGGUUUAUACGUGUAUAACCUUCAAAUGAAGCGUGUGAUUGCCUGCCAGAAAACUGCACAUGACUCCAAUGUGCUGCACAUUGCCAAACUUCCAAACAGGCAGUUAAUCUCAUGCUCAGAAGAUGGCAGUGUACGCAUUUGGGAGUUAAGAGAAAAACAGCAGCUUGCAGCUGAGCCUGUACCAACAGGUUUUUUUAACAUGUGGGGAUUUGGAAGAGUCAACAAACAAGCCAGCCAACCCGUUAAAAAGCAGCAAGAAAAUGCUACUUCAUGUUCACUGGAGCUUAUUGGAGAUUUGAUUGGACACUCAUCAUCUGUGGAGAUGUUUCUAUACUUUGAAGAUCAUGGACUAGUGACAUGCUCCGCUGAUCAUCUCAUUAUUUUGUGGAAAAAUGGAGAGCGAGAAUCUGGAUUGCGCAGUUUAAGAUUAUUUCAAAAAUUAGAGGAGAAUGGUGACUUAUACCUUGCUGUCUAGUUUAAGGAAUUAAAAAUACAUGCAUGAACCUUGAACAUCAAAUAUCAGCAUCUUCACUGUAGAAAUGACUGUCUCCAGAAACCACUUUCUAUAUGCAUUCUUAAGCAACUUCUCAUCUAUUAAAGUUUGAUCAUGAGAUUACAGCAAUUCAUUCACAUCUUCAGGCUCCACUUCUUCCAGACUCCUUUUAAUGUUGGAAUUUUGACCGCCUCCCAUGAAUCAGAAUGUUCUUAGUGGCAUCUAGAAUGGUAAAUGCUUUCCAGAAGGUUUUCAAUUGACUUUGCCCAGACCUAUCAGAGGAAUCACUAGUUAGGGCAGCUACAGCCUUAUUAAAUGUAUUUCUUAAAUAAGACUUAAAAGUUGAAGUGACUCCUUGACCCAUGGACUGCAGCACAGAUGUUGUGGUAGCAGGCAUGAAGACAACGUGAACCUCCUUGUAAAUCUCCAUCAGAACUCUUACGUGACCAGGUAACAAUUGUCAGUGGGCAGUAAUAUUUGGAAAGAAAUUUGAGCAGGUCUCAACCAUAGGCUUAAAUAUUCAAUAAACCAUGCUAUAAACAGACGUGCUGUCAUCCAGCCUUUGUUAUUCCACUUCUAGAGCAUAGGCAGAGUAGAUUUAACAUAAUUCUUAAGGGCCUUAAGAUUUUUGGACUGGUAAAUACACUCUGACUUCAGCUUAAAGGCACCAGCUACAUUCGCAGGCAUUGAACUUCUCCUCCCUAGCUACGAAAGUCCUAGAUGACAUCUCUAAUAGAAGGCCAUUUCAUCUUCACAAACUCAGUUGUUUAGUGUAGUCACCUUCAGUGAUCUUAGGUAGAUCAUCUGGAUAACUUCCUGCUGUUGCCCCUUGCACUCUGACGUUAAUGGAGAUAGUUUCAUGAACCAACCUCUGCUUGCUUCCAACUUUUCUUCUGUAGCUUCCUCACCUCUCAGUCUUCAAAGAAUUGAAGAAUUAGGCUUUGGCUUAAGUGAAUGUGUGGCUGGUUUAAUCUAUAUAGACCACUCAGACUUUCUCCAUCUCAGCAGUACGGCUGUUUCACUUUCUUGUUUGUGUGUUCACUGGAGUAACACUUUCAAGAACUCUUCCUUGCAUAGCUUGGCUAACUGGUGUGUAAGAGGCAUGGCUUUCACCUGCCUGGGCUUUCAACAUGCCUUCUUCACUAAGCUUUAUUAUCUGUAGCUUUUGAUUUAAAGUGAGAGACGUGACUCUUUUACUUGCACAUUUAGAGGCUACUGUUUGUUGGUUAUUAAUUAAUUGGCUUAAUUUCAAUAUUGUUGUGUCUCAGGGAAUAGGGAGGUCCAAGAAGAGGGAGAGAUUGGAAACCGCUAGUUGGUGGAACAGUUAGAAUAUACACAAGAUUUAUCAAUUAAGUUCACUGUCUUGUAUGGGCAUGGUUUGCAGUACCCUAAAACAAUUACAGUAGUAACAAAAGUCACUGAUCACAGACCACCAUGACAGAUACAAGAAUAAAAACGUUUGAAAUACUGUAAGAGUUACCAAAAUGUGACACUCACACAAAGUGAGCCCAUGUUGGGAAAAUGCCCCAAUAGACUUGCUCUAUGCAGGGUGGCCACAAGCCCUCAAUUUGUAGAAAAGGCAGUAUCUUUGAAGCACAAUGAAGCAGAAUGCAAUAAAAUGAGGUAUACUUGUAUUUUCAUUUUCUGCCAUGAAAAACUGUCUAGAGGGCAGUCUCCAACCCUAGGGACUAGGUUGCUUUUGUUUUCAUGCAUGCCCUAAGGUCAGAGAGAUGGGGGAUACCAGUAUGACGGGAGAUUCUGGUAGGGAAUCAAACCUGAUGGUGUUCAGUAGUUGUAGGUAGACUGUUGCUAAAAGUUGGACUUUCAAUUUAGAAUAAUGGGUCAGUGUAUAUUAUGUACAUUUUCUCCAUUUCCUGAGUUUAGCUUUCAACAGUUAAGAUACUUGCAACAGCAGAAGUAACACUACAUAGUGUUACAGUAUACAAAUGCCUUGUCAUUUUUAUUUUAAAAUAUAUUUAUUACCUCAGUCUCUGGCUAUAUUCACAUAGCACAAGGGCACAAGAUCAUCCCUUCUGUUUCUCUCUCUAAAGCUGAGUAGGUUCUGAGUGAACUGAUUGAUUGAUAGGCUUGUUUUUUUUUGCCCAGAAUCUAACCAGUCCUGACAUGGAGGGCAAGUAAAUUUAAACAUCUUAAAUUAGAAAUAAAGAAUGAUCUUAGGAAAUUAUAGGGUCAUUCUGGUCCAGCACUGUUUUAUAACUGGUUUCCUUCUUCUCUUUAGUAGUCACGGAAAUUAUUAGAGAGUGUUGCCUUUUCCUAAUACGGCCCCCUCAGCACAUGACGUUUAAGUAAACAACUCCGUGUAAGAGGCAGUUAUAAUAGUUUAUAUAACAUAAACUAUCUGAUACACAUACCAUCUGAAAGCCUGUAUUUCUAACAAGUUGACUCUGUGGAAGAAUAGACUAGUUCGCAGGCCAGAAGAUUAUACUGUAGAUUACACUAGUAAAGAGCAGAAAUUGUUGAAGCUUUAGUACCUAGCUGUCUUAAAGCAUUUUUAAACAUUUGCACGCUACUAACAAAAAGUUUGAAGUUAACAAGAAAUUUGAC